GGGGGGGUGGGGAAGGGACGGGCGGCUUUGGGCGGGCGGUGGGGAAGCGGCGCCGCAUCGCUACAACCGACAGCGGGCGCGGAGCCGGAGGAGGCAUUUCCCUGCUGCGAGGGACGGCGGCCCCACGGCCCUGGGAAUUAGAGCUGUCGCCGCUGCAGCGCUUUCCGUGGAAAUGGGACGUUAGGAUCGCUUUCUGCUACUUCUCGCUUUCUUUUGCCUUUUUAUUUUUUUUUCCUCCUUGAUUUUUGAUUUUCUUAUUAUUUCAUUUUUAAUUUUUUCCUCGCCUCGUUCUGCUGCCCCGCGCCUUCCCCCCGGCAUGGAGGCCCUUUGAUGCCUCCGCGGGCCGCCCCCGCCGCCCCGGCCCGGCCGCUGAGCGCUGAGCUCCGGAUGCCGCUGCGGCGGGCGGGUCGCGGCGCUCUGCCUGCGGCCACCGCGAAUGUCACCGCCGCGGCGUGAGGGGCGCGUGGGGCGCCGGGGCGGCUCUCGCCCGUUGCCGUCGUUCUGGUGAUUGUUUCGGCCGCCCCGAGCGCAGCGCCCAGCGGGACCCGGCGGACGCAGCGCUGUUGGCGGGGAGCGCGGAAGACGCGGUGGGGAGCGGCCCCCCCCGGCCCGGGUUAAUCGGUAACGCCGUGCGAACCCAGGUGGAAAAUGCGCCGUGCUCCGGACUAGGAGGGAGGAACGGUGCAGUGCCUCCGGCCGCGCUGAGCCGACGAGACGCCGGGCUGUGCGUGCGAUUCGGGCUCGCGUUUUUGUUACCCCCGCCCCUCACCCUUUUUUUAUUCCUCUUUUUUUUUUAAUUUUUUUUUUUUUUCCGUCACCCCCAGAAGGAAAGCGAAGCCGAGCUUCUCAGAUGGCUUAGAAAAAUCCCUAACAACCUGUGACACUAUGACGCCGGCCCGCUGCUGACCGCCCGCUGCCGGGCCGCCGUCACCGCGGAGCCGCGCCCGGCGCCGAGGAGCGCAGAGCCGAUCCCGGCGGUGCGGAGGGACCGAUGGCAGCGCCCCGGCGGGGAGCCGAGCCGCGGGACUCGGCCCGCUAGCGAUCGCAGGCGGGGGGAACGUACCAACGGGAAGGAGAGAGAGAGUGAUACACGUAUAUAUAUCUCUGUAUAUAUACAAUUGAGAAGUGUUCCCCAGGUGGCCACAAAGCAUGGGCUGUGCUCCAAGCAUCCACAUCUCUGACAGCAGAGUGGUCUAUCACAGUAGCAAAGAGUCUGAGGAGUGCCAUUCCCCUCACCAGACCAACACCACCAUGUCUCAGCAGCAGCAAGGCAACCCCGUCCCGGGAUUAUUCAUUAAAUCCUCCAACACGUCCACUUAUAAAGUGAGGACUAAUUCCUCUAAGAAAGACAAGAGGGAGAACAGCCAGAGCAUGGAGGCAGAGACCCAGACCAGCAGAUCCAGUGUUAAGACACCAGUUACAGAUGUGCAGUUUGGCCCUAUGAGGCUUCAUCAAGAUCAACUUCAGGUACUUCUAGUGUUUGCCAAAGAAGAUAACCAGAGUAAUGGGUUCUGCUGGGCCUGUGAGAAAGCUGGAUUUCGAUGUAAUAUUGCUAGGACGCCUGAAUCUGCACUAGAAUGUUUUCUCGAUAAACACCAUGAAAUUAUCAUUAUUGACCAUAGACAUUCCAGAUACUUUGAUGCAGAAGCAUUGUGCAGGUCUAUCAGAACAACGAAACCCUCAGAAAAUACAGUCAUUAUUGGUGUAGUACGAAGGCAUGCUGAUCGUGAAGAGUCAUCGAUAUUGCCCCUGAUCACUGCUGGUUUCACAAGGAGAUAUGUAGAAAAUUCCAAUAUCAUGGCCUGUUACAAUGAGUUAAUUCAGCUGGAAUUUGGAGAGGUGCGGGCACAAUUCAAACUAAGGGCUUGUAAUUCAUUAUUCACAGCAUUAGAGAAAAGUCAAGAAGCCAUUGAGAUCACAAGUGAAGACCAUGUAAUACAGUACGUCAAUCCUGCGUUUGAAACAGUGAUGGGCUAUCAAAUAGGUGAAUUAAUAGGAAAGGAACUAACAGAAGUGCCUAUAAAUGAAAAAAAAGCUGAUUUCCUAGAUACUAUUAAUUCCUGCAUAAAGAUAGGAAAGGAAUGGCAAGGAAUGUACUCUGCAAAAAAGAAAAAUGGAGAUAGCAUACAACAAAAUGUGAAGAUAUUACCUGUCGUCGGACAGGGAGGAAAGAUUAGACACUAUGUGUCAAUUAGUAGACUGUGCAAUGACAACAAUAAGGCAGAGAAGACUUGUGAACGUGUUCAGGCUGAGUCUCAGACAGAUAUUCAGACUUCCAGACACAAAGACAGGAGGAAAGGAUCACUAGAUGUCAGAUCCACAACAUCACGAGGGAGUGAUGGCAGCUCACAGAGGCGGCACUCCUCUAUGGCCAGGAUACAUUCCAUGACUAUUGAAGCACCAAUCACCAAGGUAAUAAACAUCAUCAAUGCUGCACAAGAAAGCAGUCCAAUGCCAGUUGCAGAAGCUUUAGACCGAGUUUUGGAGAUAUUAAGAACCACUGAAUUGUACUCUCCACAACUGGGGACAAAGGAUGAGGAUCCACAUACAAGUGACCUCGUUGGAGGGCUGAUGACAGAUGGUCUGCGAAGAUUAUCAGGGAACGAAUACAUAUUGUCAGCAAAACAAACUCAUCAGGUCGCUGGCAGCUUGAUUUCUCCCAUCUCCCUCAAUGACAUACCCCCACGGAUAACACAGGCAAUGGAAAAUGAAGAACACUGGGAUUUUGAUAUCUUUGAACUUGAGGCUGCCACGCAUAAAAGGCCUUUGGUUUAUCUAGGUCUCAAAAUAUUUGCUCGCUUUGGAAUCUGUGAAUUCCUGAACUGCUCAGAAUCAACACUGAGGUCGUGGUUACAAGUUAUUGAAGCUAACUACCAUUCCUCCAACUCCUAUCAUAAUUCUACCCAUUCGGCAGAUGUGCUACAUGCCACUGCUUAUUUCUUGUCUAAAGAAAGAGUAAAGCAAACUUUGGAUCCAAUUGAUGAAGUUGCUGCACUUAUUGCUGCCACAGUCCAUGACGUGGAUCACCCAGGAAGAACAAAUUCUUUCCUGUGCAAUGCUGGCAGUGAACUAGCAAUUCUCUACAAUGACACCGCAGUGCUGGAGAGCCAUCAUGCUGCCCUGGCUUUCCAGCUCACCACCCGGGACGACAAAUGCAAUAUAUUUAAAAACAUGGAAAGGAAUGAGUAUCGAACCCUUCGCCAAGCCAUUAUUGACAUGGUCCUAGCAACAGAAAUGACAAAGCACUUUGAGCAUGUCAACAAGUUUGUCAACAGCAUUAAUAAACCCUUGGCAGCGCUAGAAGAAAAUGGGAAUAAUGGUGAUGGGGAUUCAAUCAAAAAUGUUCUCACGUCUCCUGAAAACCGCAUCCUCAUCAAACGCAUGUUGAUAAAGUGUGCAGACAUUUCCAAUCCAUGCAGACCUAUGGAGCAAUGCAUAGAGUGGGCCGGACGCAUCUCUGAGGAGUACUUUGCACAGACUGAUGAAGAAAAGAGGCAAGGUUUACCUGUUGUGAUGCCAGUUUUUGACAGAAAUACCUGCAGCAUCCCCAAGUCCCAAAUAUCAUUCAUCGAUUACUUCAUCACUGAUAUGUUUGAUGCCUGGGAUGCAUUUGCAGACCUGCCAAAUUUGAUGCAGCAUCUGGAUAAUAACUUUAAAUACUGGAAAGGACUAGAUGAAAGGAAGCUGCGGAGCCUCCGACCACCGCCACCAGAAUAGCAAUUAGACGAUGGUGUGUAAUUUACUAACCAGAUGCAUAUUUAUUCAAGCUCACUUUUGUUCAUGUGAUUUGAGAUAUGUUUUGGUCUCUUCAGUAUUACAGUAAGGAUAGCCCAUGCGCUUGGGGAACUUUCAAAUGCAAGAGAACAUGAGGUCAGCAGCUGACUUCCACAAACUACCACGUGUGGACUCCAACAAAAUAAGCCUGUCGAGUGGAAUUACACUGGAUUGCUGCAGUACUUGUACUGAAGAGGGUUUAUUAGUGAACAUGUUUUGCGUUAUCUUCUUACCAGUGUGCAAAGCUGGAAGACCUUGAAGAAUCCAUACGGAAAGGACAUUUCACUAGAAGAUUUUGCUUAAUCCUCAACUCUGCAAGUGAAGAAGAAAAACCUAUUAAUAGUGACUCACGGCUUUUAUGAGAAAGCUACAUGCUUUUUAUAAGCACUUAAGACAGUUACAUAGAACAAUCAGACAUUUAAAAUGCAACUCUCCAUGAAGGAAUUUUUGAUCUAUGAAAAAUAGAUGUACCCUAUUUUUUCACAUCACAGAAGGUGCAAUCAUUCACUUCUGAGCACUACUGAAAGUGAGUUCUCUUUAAGAAAUUUAGUAGCAUAUGUAAAAAAAUAACACAAGAAUUUUUGAGGUUGAUCGUUAGCAUCUAUGAUUAAAAUGAUAUGUUUUAUUUAUUUUGUUAGAUGUUCAAUAUUUUCUAUGAAUUUAUAAAUACUUAAAAGCCAAAGCCAACUUUAGAUGCAUUACAAAUUUACAUGAUUCAUACUCAUUAAUAUACAUUUAAUUGAUGUACAGACCUUUUAUUUUCAUAAUGCAAAUACAAAAUACUAUACAAUGAUACAUUUUUAUUGCACUGUAAGGAUAGAUGUGUAUGUUUAAAUAUUGUCUGAUUUAUGUUAAUUAAAAUUAAGUUUUAUUGCAAAGGUCUCACUUGAGAAUAGUAGAAUAAACAAGAAAUGUAUACUGAGCACCAGAACCGCAGUAGUUCUCCCAUGAACCAGUGACGACCACCUGAUCUUCCCUUGGCUACAAAAGAUAAUAAUAUGUUGGAACUUUUUGUUUUCUCCCAUGAAAUUUGAUGACUGAAUUCCCUGUCAAAGUCUGCCUUAUUUUAUAGAGUAUUUCUACAAAGCAUUCCACAGCAUAUAUGAAGAGGUGAUACUACGCAUCUAACGAAUUUCAACAUUUUAUAGCCUAUGUAUUUUCCUCCACCAUGAGAGACAGAAAAUAAAACCACCAACAAAAACGUUUAAUUCAACAAGUUUAUAAAGGCUCUGUACCUUCACAAUUUGAAUGAAACCUUCAUAGCAAACACCAGAAAAUAAUAAAAUGUAUAUUUUAAGAA